GCGCGCAGCGGCUGCCGCUGCCAUGGACCCUAGCGGCCUGGGAAGCGCCUCUCCCGCAGUUAUGGAGAAAAAUGGUACAGAUGCAUUUCCUCUUACUAUGAAUUCUUCAGUAAAGCAAGAGACUAUAUGUAUUUUUGGAACUGGGGAUUAUGGAAGAUCCCUGGGAUUUAAAAUGCUCCAGUGUGGCUUUUCUGUUGUGUUUGGAAGUCGAAAUCCCCGGAUGACCAGCAUACUGCCCAGUGGUGCAGAUGUCUUGAGCUAUUCAGAAGCAGCCCAGAAGUCUGACAUCAUAAUCGUAGCAAUCCACAGAGACCAUUAUGAUUUUCUCACAGAACUAAUUGAGGUCCUCGAUGGGAAAAUAUUGGUAGACAUCAGCAACAACCUCAAAAUCAAUCAGUAUCCAGAAUCUAAUGCAGAAUACCUUGCUCAGUUGGUGCCAGGAGCCCAUGUGGUUAAAGCAUUUAACACCAUCUCAGCCUGGGCCCUCCAGUCAGGAGCGCUGGAUGCAAGUCGGCAGGUGUUUGUCUGUGGAAAUGACAGCGAAGCCAAGCAAAGAGUGAUGGAUAUUGCUCGUACUCUUGGACUUACUCCAUUGGAUCAAGGAUCUCUAAUGGCAGCCAAAGAAAUUGAAAACUACCCCCUGCAAUUAUUUCCAAUGUGGAGGUUCCCCUUCUAUUUGUCUGCUGCACUGUGUGUCUUCUUCUUUGUCUACUGUGUUAUAAGAGAUGUAAUCUACCCUUAUGUUAAUGAAAAGAAAGAUAAUACAUUUCUCAUGGCUGUUACCAUUCCAAAUCGUAUCUUUCCAGUAACAGCACUUAUACUUCUUGCUUUGGUUUACCUCCCUGGUGUUAUUGCUGCCAUUCUGCAGCUGUACCGAGGUACGAAAUAUCACCGAUUCCCAGACUGGCUUGACCAUUGGAUGCUUUGCAGAAAGCAGCUUGGCUUGGUGGCUCUGGGAUUUGCCUGCCUUCACGUACUCUACACGCUUGUGAUUCCUAUUCGUUAUUAUGUAAGAUGGAGGAUAAGAAAUGCAACUGUUAAACAGGCAAUAUCCAAAAAAGAGGAUCCAUUUAGUACCUCUACAGCCUGGCUUAAUGAUUCAUAUAUAGCUUUGGGAAUCCUUGGUUUUUUUCUGUUUGUACUUUUGGGAAUCACUUCCUUGCCAUCAGUUAGCAACAAGGUCAACUGGAGAGAGUUCCGAUUUGUCCAGUCCAAACUGGGUUAUUUGACCCUGAUCUUGUGCACAGCCCACACCCUGGUAUAUGGCGGAAAGAAGUUCCUCAGCCCUUCAGUUCUCAAAUGGUAUCUUCCUUCAGCCUACAUAUUAGCCCUGAUCAUUCCUUGCACUGUGCUGGUGAUCAAGUUUAUCCUCAUCAUGCCGUGCAUAGACAGGACUCUUACACGGAUCCGCCAGGGCUGGGAAAGGAGCUCAAAAUACUCGAAAUCAGCAUUGAAUGGAAAAACAUAUAUGAAGUAAAGUUCAAUUUACCUGGA